AUGCAAUAAUAAUAUUCUAAUAGUACAAUAUAGGAUUUCAAUAUACUUGAGAAAUUGGGAGAAGGCUCAUUCUCUUCUGUGUACAAGGUAUGAUGAGAAUUGAUACCUUUAGGUCUAAAGAAAAUCGGAUGGUCAAUAUUAUGCAAUGAAGAAAGUGAAUAUUUCACAAUAGAGUUUGAAAGAGAGAGAAAAUGCUUUGAAUGAGAUCAGAAUAUUAGCCUCACUAGAUUCUCCCUAUAUAGUAGAAUUUAAGGAUGCUUUUAUUGAUUAAGAUGGAAGAAUUCUCUAUGUUAUUAUGGAGUUUGCAUCUGGUGGAGACCUAAAUCAAAUUUUAAAGCAAGGAAAAUUGUAGGGAGGAGUGUAAGAGAGUGAAAUUUGGAAUAUAUUAACACAGAUCACACUGGGAGUGAAAAUAUUGCAUGACAAUGGCAUUUUACAUAGAGACCUAAAAUCAGCCAAUGUAUUUGUGUCCAAGACUCCUUAAGAAAAUAUUUAUAAGAUAGGAGAUUUAAAUAUCAGUAAGGUAACUCAUGGGGCAAAUGCAAAGACCUAGACAGGAACUCCAUGUAUAGAUAUCAAUGUUUAUAUUAGAUUAUGCUGCACCUGAAAUCUGGAAGGGUGAAUAAUACUCAUGGCCAUGUGAUAUUUGGUCUAUUGGUUGUAUUAUCUAUGAAUUAGCUACAUUUCAACCUCCUUUCAGAGCAGGAGAUCUUUUAUCAUUAAAUAAGAAGAUUUAAGCAGGUUAUUACGAUCCUAUCCCAUCCAAAUAUAGUUAAGAUCUAUCGGAGGUUUUAAAGACUCUUUUACAAGUUGAUCCAAAGACUAGACCCAAUUGUGAUUAAAUUCUUAAGAAUUCAAAGGUCAUUAAGAAUAGUGGAUCUUUAUUAGUGGAAGUGGAGUAGAAUGGUGUAAAGAAAGCCAAAUUAUUAUAAACUAUCAAACUCCCCUUUAACUUAAAGUAAUUGAAAGAUAAUUUACCAAAGCCCAAAUAUGAAAAUAAGAUGAAGAGAUCAAACUCAUAAUAGGGGCUUAAAAUUGAGACCGAUCACCCAAUAUCUCAAUAACCUCUAAUUAACAUGGAAAUAUAAUAAUAAUAAUAAUAAUAAUUAAGAAAAAAAUUGAUCAGUGUCCCAUCCUAAGGCGCUCCAUUAAAAAGCAAACCUCCUUUAGCCAAACCUUAAACAGCCUAAGCAUAAAAAAUUGAAUACCAUCCUUAGACACCAUAAUAUUAAGGAUAGAAAAUAUACCAUCAGGAUCAAAAACAGCAGUAAUUAUAUCUUGUUUAUUAAAGAAAUAAUGCAUAAUAAUAUUGUAAGCCAACUUUUUUGAAGCAAAAUUACGGAAUUCGAGACAAUUCCCCAAGGAAUCAAAACAAUCAUUAUUUACAACAAAGAGUAGGACAAUAGCCUCAAAAUUAUGCGGGAAAGUAAGUACAACAAAAAAGACAGUAUAGUGCAGGAAUUUAUGGAAGAUAAUAAUAAAUAUAUAAAUGA